GGGAGCCGGCUCCAGCCUUGGCCAGCCUAGAAAGGGGCUCCCACAGUGCAGCGGUGGGCUGAAGCGUUCCUCAAGUGCUGCCAAAGUGGGAGCCCAGGCAGAGGCGCCGAGAGCGAGCGAGCGAGGGCGAUGAGGGCUGCCCGCACGCUGUCACCUCUCAGUUGGAUUUACAAUACAUUGAUGGACAGAAUCUGGGAUGCUUGCCUGGGUAGGAGGGGGAACUCCCUGGACUGAGAAGCAGUGGUUCCCAAAGAACAAUUUAGGUUCCCACUUUAGACAAAAAUCAACUCAAAAUGGCCUGUAAAAACCUGAAGUGAGCCAGACGUCAUGGCUCGUGCCUGUAAUCCCAGCACUUUGGUUGGCCAAGGCGGGCCACCGUGACUUCAGGAGUUCAAGACCGGCCUGGCCAAUGUAGUGAAACCCCGUCUGUACAGAAAUACAAAAAAAUUAGCCAGGCAUGGUGGUGCACGCUGUAGUCCCAACUACUCAAGAAGCUGAGGGGGGAAGAUCGCUUGAGCCCAGGGGGCAGAGGCUGCAGUGAACUGAGAUUGUGCCACUGCACUCCAGCCUGGGCGACAGAGUGAGAUCCUAUCUUAAAGGAAAAAAAAACCUGCAAUGGUAACACUACUUGAAGGAAACAUAUGGGGAAAGUUCUAGACAUUGGUCUGGGCAAUGAUUUCUUGGAUAGGACCCCAAAAGCAAAGGCAUCAAAAGCAAAAACAGACAAAUGGGAUGGCACCCGACUAAAAAGCUUCUGCACAGCAAAAGAAACAACAAAGUGAAGAGAGAGACUACAGGAUGGGAGAAAAUCUUUGUAAACCAUACACCUGAUAAGGGGGCUAAUAUCCAAAAGAAACAAGGAACUCAAGAAACAAAUAUCCCCAUUUAAACAUGGGCAAAGGACCUGAACAUACAUUUCUCAAAAGACACGUGAAAAAAUGCUCAACAUCGCUAAUCAUGAAGGAAAUAGAAGUUAAAAUCUCAAUGAGAUACCACCUCACACCUGUUAGAAAAGCUACUACCAAACCAUGGGAGACAACAAAUGCUCGUGAGGAUGUGGAGGAAAGGGAAGCCUUAUGUGCUGUUUGUGGGAAGGUAAAUGAGCACAGCCAUUUUGGAAAAUCAUAUGGCAGUCCCUUAGAACACUAAAAAUAGAGCUACCGUGUGAUCCAGCAACCUCACUUGUGGGUAGUAUCCACAGGAAUUGACGUCAGCAUGCUGAAGAGGUAGGUGUCUGCCUCCGUGUUCACUGCAGUGCCAUUCACAACAGCUAAGACACAGCAGCAACCUGACUGCCCAGCAUCAGACGGAUGGAUAUGAUGGUCUGUCUAUACUGUUCAGCCUUAACAAAGAUGGACAUUGUAUCAUUUGUGACAACAUGGAUGAACCCGGAGGACGAUAUGCUAAGUGAAAUAAGCUAGGCACAGAAAGACAAAUACUAUACGGUCUGAUUUUUAUGUGGAAUCUGAAAAAGUUGAACUCCUAGAAGCAGACAGAAUGGUGGUCACCAGGGGCUGGAGAGUGGGGGACUAGGGAUGGGGAGAGGGGAGACAUUGCUCUUAGGGUACAAAGUUCCAGUCAGGAAGAGUAAGCUGAAGGCCCUGUUGCACAGCAUGACAAACAUCCCUAACAAUAGCGCCUUGUGUAUUUCACAGUUGCCUGAAGAGCACAUUUUAAGUGUUCUUUUUUUCAUUAGCCUGACUGACUCUUUCUACAAUGCAUAUUGUAGAAAUUGCAUUUCUACACAUAUCACAUCAGAACACCAUAUUGUAGCCCAUACACACCUAUGGUUAUGUUGAUUAAAAAUUAAAAGAAUAACUGGGGAGAAGAGAGGAGAGGGAAUGCUGGAUGGUUAAAACCAGCCAAGAUCCCCUGCAGGGGGUGACCCAGAAACCAAAGGUGAGUAGGAGUGAUCAGGUCAAAGGGCAGGGAUGGUGGCCCAGUUUGGGAGGGGAGCGGGCCGUUACUGUGAGAUGCCAAGGGGACACUCCUUGGUGAGGUGAAAAGGGGCCGUGCCUCACCAAAGGAUUCAGAUUUUAUUCCAAGCAGGGGUGGAGGCGGGAUGAUCUGGUUCAUGUUUCAGAGUGUAAACUGGCCACCCCCACAGGGCUCCAUCACAGGGGCCCCCUCCUGUGGCUCCCCUCCUCUCCUCCCCAGACCUCCCUCCCCUCCCACCUUCCCAUGCACCCCCUCCCCUCCUCCUAUGCGCUCCCUCCUUCCCACAAACCACUUAUCACCUCCACAGCCCUCUGUCACCUCCGGCCCUCCAGCCUCCUCACCUGGGAGCAGGGCCACAUGAUGGUGGUAAAAAUAACUCCCUUUGACAAAGUGUGAAGGGGGCAGAGGGAGGAGGGAAGCUGAGCCCCAGCACUAAGAAGGAGCUCUGAGAGGGUUCUGAGCUCUGGGUCACCCUCACUCACUGGGGACACAGCAGUCACGGGCUCUGCCUUUAAGAGUGCAUACCCACUGCCAGCAGCAGCGACUCACACUGGGUGAAGUAGCUCCCAGAGCGGUAAGGGCCGGGAGCUGGACUGACUCCCAACACACCCAGUCCCCUCCAAAGCCUGCCACAACCCUCCAGGCUGAGGACUCCCCCGGCCCCUCCCUCAACCCUGCGCUCUGUCCUCAGGUCCCUGCAUGGUAUCAGCGAUGCUUCUUCACCCCAUUUCUGAGGCCGGGUGCGUUCCCGCCAGCCCCAGUCCUCAGGCAUUUCUCUGAGUCUCCGCCCCCCCCCCCCCCCCCGUCUGGGUCCCCAUGGCGGGCACUGCGGCAGCAGGUGGGCAGCCUCCCCGGGUUAGCAUGCAGGAGCACAUGGCCAUCGAUGUGAGCCCGGGCCCCAUCCGGCCCAUCCGCCUCAUCUCCCACUACUUCCCGCACUUUUACCCUUUUUUUACCCUUUUGCGGAGCCUGCCCUGCACCCUCCGGACCUGCGCCCCGCAGCGGCGUCCACCAUCCACUCUGCACCCUAGCUGCAGCCCGACCCAGAGCCAGAAGGAGACUCAGACGACAGCAGCCAGCCAGCUUCGGACACGCACCGUUCAGGGCACGAGGGUACCUGUCUGGGAGGAGACACUCACCUAUCACGGCUUCACCCGCCAGGAUGCUGAGUGCAAGACCCUUAGGCUGUGUGUGUGCGAGGACCCAUGGCUGCAGCGACAGCGGCAGGCACCUUCCCUGGGGGAGCUGCGGGUGCCCCUGAGGAAGCUGGUGCCAAACCGAGCCAGGAGCUUUGACAUCUGUCUGGAGAAGCGGAGGCUGGAGGAGGUGGAGACAGAGGUGGCCUGGGAGGAACAUGGGCGCGUCCUACUGUCACUGUGCUACAGCUCUCAGUGGGCUGGCUUGCUGGUAGGUGUGCUGCGCUGCGCCCACCUGGCCCCCAUGGAUGCCAAUGGUUACUCGGACCCCUUCGUGCGCCUUUUCCUGCAUCCAAAUGCAGGGAAGAAAUCUAAAUUCAAAACCAGUGUUCACAGGAAGACCCUGAACCCCGAGUUCAAUGAGGAAUUCUUUUACUCAGGCCCACGGGAGGAGCUGGCCCAGAAGACGCUGCUGGUGUCCGUGUGGGACUAUGACCUAGGCACGGCUGAUGACUUCAUUGGUGAGUGGGAACAUGAGGAGCUGGGGUGGGGGCCCAGUAGGCUCCUGGCGGUUCCUGACCCAUCCCCCAUGGCAGGCGGGGUGCAGCUGGGCAGCCAUGCCAGUGGGGAGCGCCUGCGGCACUGGCUUGAGUGCCUGGGCCACAGUGACCACCGCCUGGAGCUGUGGCACCCGCUGGACAGCAAGCCUGUCCAGCUCAGCGACUAGCCCAUGGGCCCUGCCUGCCGCCCCUCCACUACAGCUGCCUGAAACGUCCCCACAAAAAUGAUGGCGGCUGGGGCUGCCUUACCCUCAUGCCCAGCCCCAAGUCAGAGAGGUGUUUCCUCUCUCCCCGCUUUCACAUUCACCCCACCCCAAAUCAUGGAGCCGAAAUAAACAUCUCCUUCAAGCCA